AUGCAACGGCAAGCAAUCAGAAAAUUAAAAGAGGAUGAAGAUAUUACCGUGAUCCCGGCAGAUAAAGGAGGCAAAGUAGUCGUAAUGAACGUGACUGACUAUAUCAAGAAAAUACGAGAAAAACUAGAUACAAAAGCGUAUAAACAGUUAGAAGAAGAUCCGUCUAAAUAUAUACAUAAAAAGCUAGAAGUGCUAUUAUCAGAAUUGGUGGGUAAAAACGAGAUUGAUGAGGAUGAAAUGAAGAUGUUACUAUAG